AUGACUGUUCAGAGCUAUUCUGCCAUUUGUGGUGUCACACCCUGCAGAACUCACUGUUAUGUACCUGUGACUACUUCCAUCGCUCUGUGUUCCAAUGAUGUAAAUCCUGCCUUUGGACUCUGCUUACCCAGCAGCUACCAAGGAAAUCUCUGGCUUCUGGAUGAUUGUCAAGAGUCCUAUGGCAAAGCCCCCAUCUGCGAGUCUCCAACCUGUGAGCUCAAGAUCUGCACCACAAAUUGUGAAUCAGCGAACAACUGCUUGUCCUGCGAUUCUCCAUCCCCGGACAAAGGACGAAGUGCCUGUGAAACAACUUACAUCAAAUCCAGCCCCCGAGGCAGCUCAUGCCCUCAGACGAAGGGGUAUGUAUCCAACUGCUACACACCAGCUCGAUAUGCAUCUAAAAUCUGCCAGAAACUUCCUAAUAACUACAACUGCUUUCGGCAACUUAACUACUUAUGCAAGAGCCACCGACCAAUAAACUGCUGCAGGCUGGGUAGCUUUGGGUAUAGAAGCUUCCAAAAUCUUGGCUAUGUCUCAAGUGGCUUCUCACCAUCAUGUUAUAUUACCAGCAGCUUCCAACCCCAAAACUAUUUAACAAAAAAUGUCCAGUAUCUGAGUACCAGACCUACGAGCUGCCGACCACUGAGCUAUUUACACAGGACCUACAGGUCUCUGAGCUGUGUACCCAGUACCUUCCCACCUCUGAGGUAUUUGUGCAGCAGUCUGCUUCUGGAAGUUAAACAGAAUCUCUACCAAGAACUGAAGUUACUUAUUCGUGGCUGCCUCAGUGGAAGUGGUCAGGGGAAACUUGAUGAUGGCAUAGUGGUCAAGCUUGUCUCUCAUGGGGGCUCUCUUCCUGGGGUAUUUGUGCUACCUUCAGAGUCUCAGCAUCUUAGGCUGCUGGAAGUUUAUAAGUACUUUGGGGAUAAUUGUGACAAAGCAUCUAAUCAAAUAAUUACGUCUAACACGUGA